CUUAAUUUCAAGAGAACAAUGGUAGGAAAGGCUAGAUCUUCCAAUUUUACCUUAUCUGAAAAGCUUGAUUUGUUAAAGCUUGUGAAGCCAUAUGUGAAAAUUCUCGAAGAACACACUAAUAAACAUUCAGUAAUAGUAGAAAAGAAUAGAUGUUGGGAUAUCAUAGCAGUUAACUAUAAUGCAAUUGGAGUAGACCGCCCUCCUCGAACAGCGCAGGGCCUACGUACCCUUUACAAAAGGCUCAAAGAAUAUGCCAAACAGGAACUAUUGCAGCAAAAAGAGACCCAAUCAGAUUUUAAAAGCAAUAUUUCUGAGCCAUCCAAGAAAGUUAUGGAGAUGAUUCCCCAGAUAUCCAGUUUUUGCCUGGUAAGAGACAGGAACCACAUACAAAGUGCAAACUUGGAUGAGGCUGCACAAGCUGGUACCAGUUCACUACAGGUAAUGUUGGAUCACCAUCCGGUUGCUAUUACAGUGGAAGUAAAGCAAGAAGAAGACAUUAAACCACCACCUCCACUGAUUUUCAAUCCUCAACACAGUGAUACUUUAGAGCAAAGAGAAGAGCAUGAAUUAGUACAUGCUAUGGACAGAUCUUUGUCACCCUCCCUUUCCUCUGUUGAUAUGAGAAUGACAUCUCCAUCUUCUAUUCCAAGGAGAGAUGACUUUUUUCGGCAUGAGAGUGGACAGCACUGUAGGUCAUUAUUAGGGUGUGAUCCUCAGAUUCUGCAAAUGUUAAAAGAGGAGCAUCAAAUAAUUUUAGAAAAUCAAAAAAAUUUUGGAUUAUAUGUUCAGGAGAAGAGGGAUGGAUUGAAAAGAAGGCAACAGCUAGAGGAAGAGCUACUAAGAGCAAAAAUUGAAGUGGAAAAGCUGAAAGCAAUUCGAUUACAGCAUGAUUUACCUGAAUACAAUAGUCUCUAAGAUUUUUUAAUCUUGCAAUUUAAUUUUUAAAAAUAUACUCUUGAUUCUUUUAAUUUUGACCAAAAUUUACUUCAAUUUGAAAAUAUUCUGAAGCAGAGCGUAGGUUCUUGAAAAAUGUUCAUCUCUAUUAUGGAAAAACUUUUGACAUUUCUCAUUCUCUCUUUCUCUCUAUUUGGUUUUUGUUGGUACUGGUUUGAAUUGAGUGCUUUGCAGGAGACAAGCACUCUGCCACAUGGGUCAUACCAGCCUCCCUACCCCCUUUUUAUACUUUAGUUAUUUUUCAUUUAGGGUCUUGUUUUUGCCUGGGACUAGCCUUGGCCUAUGGUUCUACCCAUGCCUCCCCUGCAUCUAGGAUUUUAAGUGUGUACUACUUAUCGAUUUGUUUAUUGAGAUACAGUCUUGCUAACUUUUCCCCUGAGCUAGUCUUGAACCAUGAUUCUCUUGAC